CAUUGACCAUCUCUAUCAAAUUUAGCUCAGAGUGUGUGGAGGUUGACUGUGAGCUUUGGCCAUUUUGAAAGGAGCAAGGUCCCUGAGUCAUAUCUCAGAGAGACAGAUACAAGAAGUCCUUAACCUUAUUAACAUAUACUUCAACAAUGAUGCAGGAAAAACCUCCCCAAGGGAAGGCAGUCUGCUGGACCCUGAGACUCUGGUCAGUUGCUGUGAUUUCCAUGUUACUCCUCAGUGUCUGUUUCAUCGCAAGCUGUAAAGUGACUUACCAGUUUAUGAUGGACACGCCCAAUAGAAGACUAUCUAAACUUCACACAUACCAUUCCAAUCUUACCUGCUUUAGUGAAGGAACUAUGGUGUCAGACAAAGUCUGGAGCUGUUGCCCAAAGGAUUGGAAGCCUUUUGGUUCCCACUGCUACUUCAUUUCAACUGACUUGGAGGCAUCUUGGAACAAGAGUAAGGAGAAGUGCUCCCACAUGGGUGCUCAUCUGGUUGUGAUCCACAGCCAGGAAGAGCAGGAUUUCAUCACUGGGAUCCUGAAAACCGAUGCUGGCUAUUUUAUAGGACUUUUGGAUGCUGGUGAUAGACAAUGGCAAUGGAUUGAUCAGACACCAUACAAAAAGAGCGCCACAUUCUGGCAUAAAGGUGAGCCCAGCAAUGACUAUGAAAAAUGUGUUAUAAUAAAUCAUCGUAAGAGUAUUGGAUGGGGCUGGAAUGAUAUUGAUUGCAGUGAUAAAGAAAACUCAGUUUGUCAGAUGAAGAAAAUAUACUUAUGAAUCACAUAUCCUCCAUGGCCUUGGAAUUGCAUUGUUAUCCACCAUUACACAGAUAUCUGGAAAGUUCUGCAUGUAGAAGAGAUGUCCAGAGAAUCUAAAUAGGAGCAAAUGGUUAUACUUAUGAAAACUCUGGCCCACAUAUAUACUUGUGUAUUCAUCUACUUACUCUAUCAUAACAUGACCUAUUUUUGACAACUUUUUAUUUCUCAGAGACUAUACUGAUACCUUUUCAGGCAUACAUAGAGUAUUUCUGCCAAGUCCCCAACAUUCAUUUACUCAUGCCAUUAUAUGAUAUGUUCUCUCAAUCUAUCUUUUUUCUGUUUUAAUCCACCUUUGGCAUUCUUGAUAUGAAAUUGAGAAGUAAAAUUAUAUAUAUUUAAUU